AUGCGAGAAGCACCUCACGCAUCUGUGUCCACUUAUGAUGCCAGAACCUGUGCAAACGGUCGCCAAAAUCAUCCAGCAAAUAGCUUAGGCUGCAAAUUUGCCACCAGAAAAGACACCGAACUCUUACAAGAGCGACAGCAGAGAGCUACUUCUCUAAAUUCGAACACAAUUUACGCUGCUGUUGCAUCGUCCAGCAAAACAAAUUUGAACGCUUCACAGUCCGCCCUAGUUAUAGCUCUUCUUCUGCACGCAACACACAAGGCUCUUUCCGCAGCCAGUAACAGGGCCAUGCCUCGUCGGUGUUGUGUUCCUGGUUGUAAGGGAAACUAUGAUACCACUCUGAAAGCUGAGGAUCCUGUCUCUACAUUUUCAUUCCCAAAAGAACAAGAGCUGUUGGAAAAAUGGAUCAGGGCCAUACCAAGAAAAGACUGGAUUCCUACAAAAAGUAGUGCAGUUUGUGCCAACCAUUUUUGUGACAGUGAUAUUGUGCGGUUCAGUGAAUUUACUUUGCCCAAUGGACAAAUAAAUAAAAUACCUCUGAAAUACCCCAAAUUAAACCAGAACGCUGUUCCAAGUAAGUUUUGCAAUCUCCCAAAAUAUCUAUCGCUUGAAACCAAAGCAAAAAGGACUGACCCCGAAAAAAGAAGAGAAGCCAUUAUCCAAAGACAAGAAGAAGGAAUUGAAAACUUUUUAAAAACUGAUAUCAUAUCUUCUUUCUCUGAUUUGAAGGAGAAUUUUGAAAAACAAUUUAUUUAA